AUGUCCUUGAGGAUAGAAUCACUGACUUGCAGAAGGAUCGAUUACUCAGUGGUUGACCCGUCCCGCAGAUGGCAAAUGCUUAUUUCACAAAGGCGGUUCUGCUUAUGGUGUCUCUGGAUAUCUAGCGGGGUUGUCAUGCAAGGAUUCGAUUUGGUGGCUGGAGGUCAGCUGGCUGCUUUGCCAGAAUUCCAAAGGCGAUUUGGAUAUCCGCAGCCAGACGAUUCUUAUCUGAUUCCUGCUCACUACCUUUCCGCCUGGAGCUCGAUCGCUCCUGCAUGCGAAAUAGUUUCCACUUUUAUCUUCGUUCCGUUGCUCGAGAGGUUCGGACGGAAAACAGGAAUCCUGGCUGCCUCCCUCAUUUCCACCGCGGGUGUCAUUCUCCAGCAGCUGGCAACUGAUUGGCGAGUGCACCUGGCCGGUCGAGGUGUCAAUGACCCAGGUAUUGCGAUUGGUAUUAUGUUCACCAUCUCUCCACUAUGGAUUGGUGAAACUUGUCGGCCGGAACUUCGGGGUUUCUUCCUCUGUUUUUUCAAUACUAGCAUUGUCUUCGGACAGUUUGCAAUAGCCGUGGUGACUAGAGGUAGUAGCCAUUUAGCUGGCAAAUGGCAAUGGUGGUUACCGAUAGUGGCAAUGUAUAUCUUUCCAGGUAAGGAACAUAUUUCUCUCCUAUUUUGUUUAACCAUAUCACUCUCUUACUUAAUUUUUCCUUUUGCCCGCUCUUCAGCUAUUCUCAUAUCUGGUUGGUUCUUCUUCCCCGAGUCUCCAUACUGGCUGGUGCGACAGGGAAAGAACAGAGAGGCCCGGAUAUCUCUCCGGAGGGUCUACGGCUUCAAAAACGAGGCAUUCUAUACAGCAGAAGUUCUCCGAAUGGAGGCAGAAAACAAACGAGAGAUUUCGACCCACGGUAGCCUCUCUGAGGGCUCCUACAGGUUUCUUGGCAUCGAUGUGUCGACUGAAGCCGAAUGCUUUAAUCGCACUAACCUUAAGAGAACUCUAACUGCAGUUUUCGUCGCCAGCGGACAGCAGAUGAUUGGAGCCACCUUCGUUAUUGGCUACGCAACAUAUUUCUUGGAAUUGAUCGGAGUAAAAGAUUACUUCGAUGCGUCCAUUGUCCUUUAUGUCGUGAUGCUGCUGUCCAGCAUGCUGACCUUUCCACUCUCUGAAAUCCUUGGCCGGCGAACGAUGAUAGUGAAUCCUCAGUUUUUUCUGUGCUUCGUACUUUUCCUAAUCGGUAUUUUGGGAUGCAUCCCAGACCCAGAGAAAGCAAGCUGGGGUAUUGUUGUCCUCAUAUAUAUCUGGGCCAUCGUAUAUCAGCUUUCCAUUGGAGCCGUAGGCUUCGUGUUGGCUUCGGAAAUUGCUACAGCUCACCUGCGAAGUACUACUCAAGGUCUCGUUACCAUCACCAACGCGUUGUGGGGGCUCAUUAUGCAGUUCACGGUCCCAUACAUGAUCAAUACUGAUGCGGGCCACCUGGGCGGCAAAGUUGGAUUUAUCUUCCUCGGAACAGGUUCGAUCGCAGCCAUUGGAGGAUGGUACCUCUAUCCAGAGACUAAGGGUAUUUCUUUUGAAAAGAUAGAUGAGCUUUACGCAAGCAUGACCGCUCCUCGACACUUCAGCCGAGCCGUGACCGUGCAGGGUGAAAUAACGCCCCAGACAGGCAAGAUAGAAGGCUCUGAUCAUGUAGACGGGACCAACCCUUCUUCGCGAUGGAGGGAGACUUUGAAGUCAGUAGCACGUCAGGUAUUCAUGAUCUGA